ACAGGUUCCUCUGUGCGGACAGGAGCUGAGAGCUUUGCUCCCUGAGAGGGGCCAGGCCAUGGUUCGACCCUGACAUACCAACACUAGCAGGGUGCAAGGAAUGUGAGAGAAAAGUAUUUGCAGUCCCAGACACAUGCAGAUCCUUUGCUUGCACACACAUACACUGGGCUCUUCUUUGCGUCGCUACCGGAUUCGAACACAUGGAGCAAAAGAACAAGACAACAGAAUAAGCUGGACCUUUAGAGCUCAAUGUGAAGCAGUGGCCUUUUUCAUCAAUUACAAGAGACACUGGGCUAGGAAGACUGACCCCCAGGACAUCAUCAUUUGUAAUCUCAAGCCAGAUCACCAAGAUGAGUUGGAGUGAAUGAAAACAAUGAGACAGAGCAACAGGUUAAAUGGUGAGUAGGGACUUGGACAGACAUGCAGCUCAACAAUGAUUCCCUUACAAUGAUUGAGUGUUAAUCAGACUGAAUGAUUAGUGAGAGCCUUUGAAUUGUGCUUUCUCAAUAGUGAGGGGAAUGUACUCUCCACUGACUCAUUCUCAUCCGUGUUGUUUUAUAUGAGCAAACUUGAAGAACCCUGUUCUCUCUCUCAAUCUCUCUUUCUCUCUUCUUCUGUGGAUCUGGAUACAAAAACAAUGACCAUAUUUCUUUAGUAGGUCUUUCUCUCAAAGCUCAUUAAUGACCUCAGGACACUACUUGUUGUGCUACCCUUGAGAAGACCUAUGGAUCCAUCAACCACCAACCUUUCUCUAUGGGUGCCUUUAGUCAAUGCCUCUUUGUCGGAGGGUGCCGAAUCGGCCGCAGCCCUAGGAGCCGUACUGAGCCUGAUGUGUGCCACGGGGGUGGCUGGGAACCUCUACACCUUGGCCAUUGUGCGAGCCUCCCCGUCAGCCUCCUCGCUGCGCGUCCACCUGGUCAACCUAGCCUUAGCUGAUCUGCUGUAUCUCUCCACAGCUCCUUUCAUUGUCCACAAUGGGCUGGUGAAAGACUGGCCUUUUGGGGAGGUGGGGUGCCGGAUCCUGCUCAGCCUGGACCUCCUCACCAUGCAUGCCAGCAUCUUCCUUCUCACACUGAUGAGCUGUGAACGCUAUAGUGCGGUGGCGCACCCCUUCCAGGCCGCGAGCCAUACUGGGAGAUGCCGCCGGCCCCUGGCUGUGGCCAUCUGGCUUCUGUCUUUUGCCUUGACACUCCCCAUGAUGGUGAUGAUCCAUCAAGAGGAGCGUACAGUGGGAGACGGAGCCAUCGUUCGGCGUCUCUGCUCGCCAACCUGGAGCGAGGAGCAGUACAGGCUCUACCUGAGCAUCCUUUUCAGUACCAGCAUCGUGGCUCCCGGAGUGGUCAUCGGGUCCCUCUACUGGCGCCUGGCAAGGACUUACUGGAUGUCGCAGACCCACAGUGGCUUGGGCCAUACUCCCAAGAACCGUGUCUUCCUCCUCAUUCUCAUCAUUGUCCUGGCCUUUUGGGCUUGCUAUUUGCCCUUCUGGAUCUGGCAACUCCUGCCCCUUUACUGCCCAUCAGCUGCCCGUUUGCCAGUCCAGACAGAAAUCUCCAUCAACCACCUAGUGACCUGCUUGACAUACGGCAACAGCUGCAUCAAUCCUUUCCUCUACACCUUAUUAACACGCAACUACCGGGAGUACCUGCGCACUCGCCAACGGGGGACUUCACAUGCUUCCCUGAGAUGUCUCCAAAGCAGAGCCAGGCCUCCAGGAGAAGGUGCAGAAGACGUCUGAGCAGAAAAUAAGUCCUUAACCUGGUUAAUUCUGGCUUGUCCGGAGAAAAAUCAUGUGAAGGAAACUCCUUGAAUCAUUGCAAGGCUAUGUUUCAGUCUUCCCAAACUCCGUACUUUCCACUCCUAGAAACUAUAGAUUCUAGAAGGGUUAUUUAAACUGCCGUAAGUUUUUGUUUGUUUCUUUGUUUGUUUGUUUGACAAUGGCUGUCUUGGAAAUAUGACUGGCUGAAGAUCAAAACAUUGGAUGCAUACCAACUGACUCUUUUGACUCAUCCGAGCCUGCUGCUUGCCCUUCUCUAAACAAUAACAUGCCAAUUAUCUUUACGGACAGAGACUUGGUUGGACACAUGUCAGACUGAAGAUCAAGUGCUUACAGAUGGACUCAUCUGAGAAGUCAUUGUGUAUUCUUCAUUCUGUCACCCAGUGGUUUCCACGGCAGAGCAUGGAUUCAAACCCUGGUCUCCAUAUUCAAUGCUCAAACCACUACACCAUGCUGGCUCUCAAUAUCUGAUUAAAAUCUCCAAACAAGAAAAAGUAAAUCUGCAGCAAAUUAGGCACUUUCUUCUGAAGACAGAAUCAAUACAUUUUCAUCCAAAAUUGUUUCUGACUGUAACUCUCCAGCCUUAGUUUUUACAUGUAUUUAUACACUGCUUUGAGUCUCCUUAGGAGAGGGAAGAGAGAUAUAAAUAAAGAAGCUAGUAUUCUUAUUAUUAAAAUGGCUUGGAU